CCACAUCUCGCUUGUUUUGGAACCACUAACAUCGCUAGUUCACCAAAGAACCAAAUCGUUUUCUCAAGCUACAAUACCACAAAAUCAACCAAAAGUGUCACUGGUGAGAGCUUUGUACAUCAUGAGGACAACCAAUUUCCUCUGUGUCCUCGUUGUUGCAAUCAUAUAUGCCAUCAGUGCACCAGCCACCGGUUGUGGUGAAUUGAAGGGCAAUAAAUUGUGGAACACUAUAAUAGAGAAUGGAUGGGAACCAAUCGGUAACAUAAACGACCAGCAUAUCCAGGGGCUCGGCAGUUGGGCGGUGCUCGAGUUCAGCAAGCGCAUGAACUGCGUGCUCAAGUUCAACAAGGUGGUGAGCGGUAGACAACAACUCGUGUCUGGUAUGAACUAUGAGCUCAUCAUUGAUGUAACACACUUUGAAGGCAAAGAAGGCAAAUACAAGGCAGAGGUGUACGAGCAGGAGUGGACUAAGAAACGGCAGCUCCUCUCCUUCACCAAGGUGAACUAGGAGGGGCACAAUAAGUUUGGGGGCAAUAAUUGUGUUCUUGGAAUCCUGUUAGCUGAUUGUUUAUUCAAUAAUAAAGUAUUAUCUUGCAUUUUCA